AUCUCUCCCCUGUCAGCUCCUGCACGCUGCUUUGUAUUGCUCUGCAUAACAGGGCAAUACAAAGCAGCUGUGCUUACAGUGAAGCACACACCCCCACCCCCUAAUAAAACACUCCCAUCACAUAGUUUACCCUUUGAUCGCCCCUCAUUGUUAACCCCUUCCUGCUCAGUGCCAUUAGUACAGUGUCAGUGCUUUUUUUUUUUAGCACUGAUCACUGUAUUGAUGUCACUGAUGAUGUCAGUGACACCAAAUCAUUUCCCCCAGUGUCAGAAUGCCCGCCGUAGUCCC